AUGAAGCCCCACUUCAUUCCUUGCUCGGGGGGGUCUGACAACCAGCCACUCUCAAAAUUGAAUCGCCCACGCUCGAAGGGCUCAACCAAGAAGAAGCGGGGAAAACAUAUCUUUCUAGAAUCAGAUGAUCCCCUUGAAAAGAACAUCGUGGACAAGUCCCCCAUGCCAGACGGCUAUAUCUUCGUCCCAAAAGGUGAUGUGUACAUCACCAGAAACUGCCGUAUCAAAACCAAAGAAUCUGACCAAAUGGUCUACACAGUCUGGGACAAAGCCGGCAAACGCAGCUUCGGAAUCCGAGUCCCAUCCUCGAUCCAUUCAGAAGUACUGAAAACAGCCGCGGCAACAGCCGAAUCCCGCGCCAAAGCUGUCAAAACCAACGACACAAAGGUUCUAUCACGCGGGCGCCAACUCCUGCGCUCAGAAUUCCCGUUAAUGCCACCAGCUACGUUGGACAUUGUCAUGAAUCAUGCUUUCCUCAAAGGCUCCGGCCGCGUCGGUCGCACCGGUAUGACGACUGAUAAACGCAAAGCCUCGCUGGCCGUGGAAGCUCAUAUCAGACAUACUCACACGCCUUAUGAUUCUCUUCUUGAUGGCGGGAUGGAGCGGAGUGACGCCCGUAAAAAGGUGUGGCCGACCGUCAAAACCAUCAAGAAGUCGUGGGAAGGUGGUGAUGUUAAGGGUGGAGGAGAGCAAGGUGAGAAUAGAGAAGGGAGUGUGUCUCUCAGUGUGAUAUCGAUAUCCUCGUCCUCUUUGCGGGCCGAAUCUGUGCUAUCUGUGGAAUCUGUGGAAUCUGGUUCAGUUGCAUCUAUGGAAUCCUUGGAAUGGAUCUAG